AUGGCAGACGCCUGGUUUGCUGCGGCGCGCAAGGGCGACAGGGGGCGCGUCGAGCCUCAGCUAUCCUCCUUUGCAGGCAGCAGAGAUUCCCGGGGACGCACUGCGCUCAUGCACGCUGCAGAGUCGGGGGCAGUUGGGGUCAUUUCCCUCCUUGUUCCAGAAGAGAAACUCAUGGUCGAUAACACAGAUAAUUGCGCACUCUCACUAGCAAUCUUAGCGGGAAACCUGGAGGCCGCGAAGGCCCUGGUUUAUCACGAGUCUACCUUCCGUUAUAAAGAUGGCCGAGACUGCCUCAUGUUAGCCGCAGAAGUCGCGGAUCUGGAUAUAGUCGCUCUCCUGGCACAACACGUUGAAAAGAAUACAGAUGCAUACGGCCAAACGGCUCUUUCAUUUGCCGUCCGUCGAGGGGAUACCAAGAUCAUUAAGUAUUUACUGCAGCGGUUUAGCUUUACAGAGCAAGAGCUUCUUAGCACUCUUCACAACUUCUCCGGGCCAAAUUUUGUGGAAACCAGCAGCUUGAUUUAUCUGCAGAGUCGUCGCCUCAAAUCCGAGCUUUGCUGCAACUGUCAAACGCUGACAACUAGAAUGCUGUCACUUGAGCAGGAGAUCAGGAGGCUCCAGAACAUUCUACAGACAGAACAUGUGCAGAAUAAAACAUUGCAUUCAAAACUUCAAGAGCUAGCAGACAAGCUGGAAUGCCCAAAGGACAUUGUGUUUCAAAAACUGGACCAGAUGCUAUGUUAUCUUCUCACUAUCCCAGAGAGCCUGCUCAAGGUUCCCAUGGAGCUUUUCGAUCACGAGUGUUUCUCAACUAGAAGCUUAAAGGAGCUACCCUUACCCUCAAUACAGGCGCUAGACCAAUUAAAUAAACACAUUUUAAAUGCAGUGGAAAAGUACAAUCACCAAAUUUUUAUUCUCCGACAACAGAUUGAAACACUCACAAACGAAAAAGACCUUCUUCGGAGGAAGCUCAGCAAUUCAGAGCAUGCUCAGGAGAAACUAGCAGUUGUAAUUAAAGCUAAAGAGCAGGAAAUUGCAAAGGUUAUUGAUAAGCACAAGGAAUUUAAUAUCCGGGUCUCUCUACAAGAAGAUGAGCUAAGGAAAAGCAAAGACGCAAUAGCUACCCUGACGAAACAGAAUAAUGAACUAGUACACCAGCUGGAGAUAUUAGCUUAUGAAGAUGCUACAGUUACCAAAGACGGUAUCACCCCGUUAAUGAAAAGCAUUAUGCUGGGGGACUUUGACGCUGCUAUGAGCUUUGUUAAGAGAUAUGCAGGAAGAAAGUCUGGCGACGGGUCGACAGCCCUACACCUGUUGUUGCAAGCGAAGCGUCUCUGUCCUAGUCCUGCGUCCGUUAAAGGCUAUAGCUCGCUCCUGAGCAAACAGAAAGAAAAACAGCACGCUACUGGACGUAUAGAUAUGCAGGUGUACACGCCUCUAGCGGACAGAGAUACAGUCACAUCCAAUCAGCACCAAAAAGUGCAUGCUCUGCAGUUCAAAGAGUUACCUACAGAAGAUUGUCAAACAGUCAUAUCAUCUCAGCCCCCCUGUAUAGAUGGUAGUGACACAGUCAGCUUAAGUAGCACAUUAGACCCAUUUUUCAGUACAUGUGCUCCGUUAAGGUUUAUAGAUUGCCAGCUGCAGAUAGAGGUACUUAUACCCUAUUUUGACGCAAUGAUCACCGCAGAGUUAGAGCCUAUGCUUUCCCCAGACGACAUUACGGCGGUUUCUCUUUUCCGGCAACUUGCAGAGAUAGAGGCUGAUUUGCGAAAUAAGAACAACGAGACAGCUCUAGAGCUAGUACUAAACGAUAAGAACAUCUUCGCAAUUGACAUUCUUGCUCCCCACCAAGCACACAUCACAACCUCUAAGGGGAACCUCCCCAUAUUUGAGGCGAUCAAAAUGGCAGCGGACUAUCCCCAAGAAUGUCAAGACACUAAUAGAGAGGAAAGAGCAAAGACUGCGACGGCAUGCAGGAUAUUAUUACCGCACUCUGUUGGUCUUUGCAGUGACGAGGGUACCACACCACUGAUGAUGGCCGCACAGCAAAACGUUCAGGAAAUCUCAUCAUUGCUAAUGGAGUCUGAAGCACGAAAACAGAAUCUUUAUGGGGACACAGCCCUUAUGAUAGCCGUAGCGUGUGGUCAUACCCAAAUUGUGCAGGAUCUAGCGCCACUGGAGGCGGGUAUUCUAAAUAAUGAUGGAAUUUCGGCCCUAAUGUUGGCAAUACGGCUGCAAAGGGAGGCAGAGCUAAGGAUCCUACUACCGUACGAAUUGACGAUCCUCGAUAAACAGGACGAACAACCGCUCCUUACGGUACUUCAUACACAUAAUGCUAGGCUCUCUUAUCUUCUUAUUGAGGAGCUCAUGGUAAAGGUGAGAGCAGCGUUUGGCGCGGACUCGUCUGCUGAAGUUUCUCUUGACAAGAUACAAGAGAAUGUUCUGUCUUUUAAGUUUAACUCUGCAAUCGCAAAGGCCAUUAGUUGGAGCCAUCACUGGCAGGCACUCCAUUUGAUAGGUAGUCACCCUACGACAUCAGAAUGA